AGGAUUUGAGUAGGUCAAAAUGAACAAUCGUAAAACGAGAAGUAACAGCAUAAUACAUGCAGAGUGUUUUUCACAGGUACAAAGAAUUUUACGUGAAAGAUUUUGUCAUCAGAAUCCACAUAGCAACCUAUUUGGAGUACAAGUACAGUAUAAGCAUUUAAUUGAGCUACUCAAAAGAACUGCUAUCUAUGGAGAAAGUAACUCUGUACUUAUUGUUGGACCACGAGGAUCAGGAAAGACCAUGUUAUGAAAUCAUGCUUUGAAAGAACUCAUGGAAAUAAGAGAAGUGAGUGAAAAUGUGUUACAAGUUCACCUAAAUGGACUGCUGCAGAUAAAUGAUAAAAUUGCUCUGAAGGAGAUCACAAGGCAAUUAAAUCUAGAAAAUGUAGUUGGAGAUAAAGUUUUUGGCAGCUUUGCCGAAAACCUUUCAUUUCUUCUGGAAGCUUUAAAAAAAGGUGACCGGACCAGCAGUUGCCCAGUAAUCUUCAUACUGGAUGAAUUUGAUCUUUUUGCUCAUCAGAAAAACCAAACACUCCUUUAUAAUCUUUUUGACAUUUCUCAAUCUGCACAGACACCAGUAGCAGUUAUUGGCCUUACAUGUAGAUUGGACAUUUUGGAACUCUUGGAAAAAAGAGUAAAGUCCCGGUUUUCUCCCUGGCAGAUACAUUUAAUGAAUUUUGGUUUUCCACAAUAUGUGAAAAUAUUUAAAGAGCAACUAUCUCUACCUGAAGAAUUUCCAGAUAAGGUUUUUGCUGAGAGCUGGAAUGAGAAUGUUCAGUCUCUCUCAGAAGACUCAACUGUGCGUAAAGUUCUACAGAAACAUUUCAAUGUCAACAAAAACUUGAGAUCAUUACAUAUGCUAUUGAUGCUUGCUUUAAAUCGAGUAACUGUAUCACACCCAUUUAUAACUUCAGCAUAUCUGAUGGAGGCACAGCACUUGUGUAGCUUGGAUUCUAAAGCAAGUAUUGUACAUGGUCUUUCAGUCUUGGAAAUCUGUCUUAUAAUAGCAAUGAAACAUUUAAAUGACAUCUAUGAAGAGGAACCCUUUAAUUUUCAAAUGGUCUAUAAUGAGUUUCAGAAAUUUAUUCAAAGAAAGGCCUAUUCUGUUUAUAACUUUGAGAAACCUGUGGUCAUGAAGGCGUUUGAGCACUUACAACAAUUGGAAUUAGUAAAACCCAUGGAAAGAACUUCAGUAAAUUGUCAGAGAGAAUACCAGCCAGUGAAACUACUAUUGGAUAAUACUCAAAUUAUGAAUGCUCUACAGAAAUAUUCCAACUACCCUACAGACGAUAGGCAAUGGGCAACAUCCUCACUAAACUGGCUGUGA